GACAAAGAGACCCUCACAUAAAAGGAACACACAUCUCAUUGCAAACAGUUCAAACUCCUUAGCUUGUUCAAUUUCACAUAACAAUAAUGGAAGGAAGUAGUAAAAGUUGUGAACUACUACCACCAGGGUUUAGAUUCCACCCAACAGAUGAGGAGCUAAUUGUGUAUUACCUUUGUAACCAAGCAACAUCAAAGCCCUGCCCUGCUUCCAUCAUCCCUGAAGUUGACAUCUACAAAUUUGAUCCAUGGGAAUUGCCAGGGAAAGCUGAGUUUGGGGAGAAAGAAUGGUACUUCUUUAGCCCAAGGGACAGGAAGUAUCCCAAUGGGGUUCGGCCGAACCGCGCAACGGUUUCUGGGUAUUGGAAGGCCACAGGGACAGACAAGGCUAUUUACAGCAAGUGUAAGCAUGUUGGUGUCAAGAAGGCCUUGGUUUUCUACAAGGGUAGACCUCCAAAGGGGAUCAAGACUGAUUGGAUCAUGCACGAAUAUCGUCUUCUUCAACAAUCUAAUCACAACACCAGGAUCACUGGUUCUAUGAGACUGGAUGACUGCGUCUUGUGUAGGAUAUAUAAGAAAAAACAUGCUGCUAAAGCAUUGGAUCAAGGACAGGAAUACCCAACAACGGUUCAAAUUAAUCUAAAUGCAUCAACCAACAAUGAUGAUCAGAAGGAGUUGAUGAUGAUGAAGAAUCUUCCAAGGACUUGUUCCCUUACUUAUCUUUUGGACAUGAAUUACUUUGGUCCAAUCUCACAGCUAUUGUCUGAUGGAUCCUACAACAACUCAUCAACCUUUGAAAUAUUUCAACAUAGCAAUAGUGUUGACAACAUUGGAAUAGUGGAUCCUCUUGUCAAAACUCAAAUGGUUGAAAUGGAUAAUAGCUAUUAUGCCCAAGAUUCAGGCAAGUCCCAAGUGAUGAAGCAAGGGAAUGAUUUAAGAGGAUAUUACUAAGUAAUUAUUAACAAAAGAAAAAAGAAAAAAUGUUAUAUUGUUUAGAUUAGACAUGAUGAAUUAUGAUAAGAGUCUUCUGUAAGAUAAUCAUGAAGAUUUUAAAUAUGUCAAAUGUGUCCUAUCACAGAAAUGAAAUUUUCAAAUAGAAUUUAGUAUUCUAGUUCACG